AUGUCCGAAGUUGUCAUUAUUGGCGCCUCUUUCGCUGGCAUUCCAAUUGCCCAUUCCCUUCUCAAAGACAUUCCCUCCAUCAAAAUCACCCUCAUCAAUCCGUCUCCAACUUUCUACUUCACCAUCGCUGCCCCCCGAAUUCUCGCCAAACGAGACGCCUUCAAAUCCGAACAAUACCUCCUCCCCAUCGAAAAGGAAUUCAGUCGCUAUCCCAAGAAAUCCUUCAAAUUCAUCCAAGGCCGCGCGUCUGCCAUUGAUGUGUCCGCCAAGACCGUCUCCAUUGACAACAAUACCCGUACCAUUUCUUUUGAUUACCUGGUCAUCGCAUCUGGCAGCACCACUGCGUCUACCAUCGAGAAGAAUGCCACCCCAAUUCCCUUCAAGCAAUCCGGCUCCAACAACAUGAAGACCUUGAUUCAUAAUGCCCAGGACCGCAUUAAUACCGCCCAGAAUAUUGUCAUCGGCGGUGCAGGACCUAUCGGUGUCGAACUUGCUGGUGAAAUCGCCGAGGCUGCUCAGCUGGCCGGACGAAAAGUCAACAUCACGCUGGUGUCGGCCUCAUAUCGUAUCCUGCCCAUGUUGAAGCCAGGUGGCUCCAUGGCAGCGGAGAAGUUUCUCCUUGCUCAAGGAGUGAAUGUUUUGACGAGUCGAAAGGUUACUGGUGCAGUGCAGAACCCGGAUUCCGGCAAAUGGACAGUCACACUGGAUAAGGACGGGAGCAAGUUGGAUGCGGACUUGUAUAUCCCUACCACUGGUGUUUUGCCGAACAAUGACUUCAUUCCCGUGGAGUUUCUGGAUGAAAACGGAUGGGUUGUCGUCGAUAAAGAGCUCCGAGUCAAGGGACGGGGUAGAUCAAAGUCGGCGUCAUUGCCGAUCUUUGCGGCGGGGGAUAUCACCAAUAACUCGAUGAGAUUGUCCUUCAAGGCACAGGAGCAGGCGGCUGUUCUGGCAAGUAACCUGAAGGCGGAUAUUCAGGGUCGGGGAGGGAAACGCAAGGCCUACGAUCAGGGAGACAAGAUUAUGAUGGUGGUGCCGGUGGGCUCGACCGGGGGUACGGGGUUGAUAUUUGGUUGGACUCCAUGGAGUGCAAUGGUGAAGAUGGUCAAGGGCAAGGACUUUUUGAUUUCAAAGGCUCAAGCGGCUGUUGCAGCCAAGUGA